GCAAAAAGAUUUUUCACCACGCAAUCCAAGUGCAGUGCUUCAAAUAGCAUAUAUUCAUAAUUGUGCUAAAUUAUGCAACCUGCAUAUAGAUAACGGUAAUAUAGUAAAUAUGCAAUGUUCUGAUGGAUUUGUACCAUUUGGAGGUCAUCUUGAAAUUCCGAAUGGCAAAAAGCGGAACUUAC